AUGCGCGUGUAUUCGCCGUUACAUAGAGCUAUUACAACCGAUAGCGGAAGGGGGGAUUAUUUGGAAAUGAAUAUAUCCAAGGGUAUAAGAGCGCCUCACUUGGUUCCAGAUCUCUCUUCUCAUCCAAGUUCAUACUACAUGUCGACACAAACACCCUAUGACAUGGGGAGUUCUCAGUCCGAGGAGUCUGGCGCGAAAGCUCCAACUCAUAUUGAUUAUAAACUAGAGAACAUCAUCGCGGAGGCGCUAGAUAAUGCUGGAGUGCCCAACGUAUUCUGCGGUCAUGGGCUAAUGAGCGUCUAUGGUCUUCUGCAGGAGCAAAAGAGUUCCACCUGGGUCAUCCCAAAUUUCUACAUUGCAGAAGCAGAUUCCCUUCUACAAGCGGCCGGUCUCCACAGUUGCCAUAGGUCUUACUGCGAGGGAUACCGUCCCAACAAGAGGCCUUUUGCUCCGGCCUAUCACUACCAUGUCCAACCACGGGUGAACAGACCGCACAACCACGUCGUGCUCUUAUAUAAGAUGGGGGACCUAUUCAUCGACCUGGCGCCGGUUCCCACGCGACUACCACCAUUGGAUGAUCCGGACUAUAUGCUGGUCGAUGACCCUCGGCUGCCAGACUACAAUGAUGAAGUUGGAAAUGGUCGUUGGCAGUCUAUUCGAUCGAUUAAGAUUCCAAAGCCAGCCCGGUUCAUUGAUGCUAUGGUACUUCUCAUGGUGAGAGAAUGGCCUCAGGACCCUACGUCUUCUAUAUGGUAUGAGUAUUUGGGCGAGCUGCUGGAUCAUAUCCGUGAAUGCGGAGAAUAUGAGCUCGUACCGAGUUGGGAUGCGUUGGGAAAUUUAGCGCGUGGUUUUGUGAAGUUUUAUUUCGAUGGGGAGACUAAGAAGAGUCCGUAUGAGGUGAAGAAUUAUAUAUCCAAAUACAACAUCCCCAUUUCAACCCAUAUCCGAGAAAAUGAGAUCGGUAUAGCCUUAGAUAUUUUACAAGGUCAAAGGUCACCAAUAGGCCUACUAUUGUCCGCUACAAAGCCGAUUUCCAAAGAAUGCUGGGGUAUAACUUCUUUACUACGCCACAAGUUACUACCCCAACGUCUCUCACACGUUGUUGACUAUAAAUUUACCCCAGAAUUCCUGUUCCAUCUGAUCCCUAUUCAUAUAGAUCCUUCCUUCAGACAACUACAGGAUCGAAGAUUCAAACACAAAAUGCGUUUCGAUAAGUUUACCAUCGACGAAAUCGAUAAGGUGUAUCCGGAUAUUCUGUAUCCAAGCAAGGAUGCUGUCCUUGACGCUGCAUCACAUCUGAUCGAAAUUAUGCAGAUACUGAAAAAGCAAGAUAUCUUGCGUACCACACUUGUGGGACUUACAGGAGGUCUUGCUGUCAUGCAUCAUUGCCCCGAUCGCCUGCCCAGCAUUGCAUGUAAUAGAAAAGAAGAUAUUGACAUCGUCCUGGACUUAGCAGAUUCAACCCUGGAAGACCUUAAGGACGCAUUGCUAUACUAUUACUCGCAGAUCUUCAUAAAACACCGUCAAACGCUUUACAUGCGGACACCAGGAGGCAAAGUGAGGCUUGACUUCAAGAUAAUCCCUGCGAACAGGAAAUUGAAAGGAAUGCAGUAUCUGUCUGUUCUUGAACUGGCAGAUCUACCAUUUGUCAACAAGAUAGACCUCAUGACGUCUAAGUUAUACGAAGUUCACCCUGAUCCUUUACCCUCACCUUGGGGAGAGUCGGAAACCGCGAGAGCUAUUCACCAUGGGACAGAUGCGCUCAGACUGGCUCUGUUAUUCGAUCAGGGAAAGAGAAUCAUUCUCACUGUGAGGCAAGCUAUGCGGGUAAGAAGGGCGUUCCGCUCUUUAGAAAAUUAUACCGGCAUUCCAGGCGUUCAGUGGCUUGAGUUGUUUCUCGUCCGCGGCAGAUAUUAUCAUAAUCGUCCGACUGAGAUUCUGGACCUGGAGAAGGCUUUCUUUUUGUUGGAAAUGAGCAAGUACAAACGAGAAAUAUCAGACCCAUGGUACUACUAG